GUGGCAAGUUUUCAUCAUGGAAAACCUGGCGACAACAUCAGAAAAACUAUUCUCAACAUAUAACUACUGUUCCAGCAAAUUCUUCGUCUCGUACAAUAUCUCGUACAAUUCGACAACCUAUUUCAACUGAUUCAAUAAUUCAAAAGUUCAAAAUUUCAUUUAGAUAUAGUAACUUCGAUGAUGAAAAUGUGGCAGAUUAUUUUAACACACAAUUGGACCAAAAUAAUUUUGAUGACGAAAAUAAGAUAGAUUAUUCUGACACACAAAUGGACCAAAGUAACUUUGAUGAUGAAAAUGAGAUAAAUUAUUCUGACAUACUAAUGAAUGAAUUUGAAAACUAUAAUGAUAAUAUAAAUAUGGCAGAGGCAUCGUCACAUAUAGAAAUAAUAGAAAACUCACUCCAAGAAUAUAACAAGGCAAAAAUAAAUGUUGACCAGUCAGCAUCAAAUAAGGCUUUAAUUUAUAGACCGAAAAAAUUAUCAACAUUGCAACUAGAUCGUUUGUCAACAGAUGGUCAAAGUGACGACAAUAAUAAUUCUAAUAGUUCUAAUCAAAGUGAGCAAGGUAGUGAUUCCAAUCAAAGCGACAAUAAUAAUAAUUCUGAUCAUGAUGAAUAUGACAUUUAUGAAGAAAUCGAUAUCAGUGAAGAAACUGAUAGUGGAGAUUAUGAAAGAGUUACAUUACCUAUGUCUUUCCAGAACUAUUGUAUAAUCCA